AUGGAACUAGAGCCCUGGCAAGUUCACUACAAUGGCAGCGGGCGGCCAAAUAUUCCCGCCAACAAUGAGGGUGAGAGGGAGGAUGAAGUGAAAUAUUAUUUGGGAAAUUCAACCCCUUCCCUGCGGAACAGGGUUACCGAGGUGCCUCAAGGCCCAGGUGAAGACGUCAAUAACGCGACGACUACCCCUCUGCAGUCCACCUCCGAUCAAACAGGCACCGCAACGUCCAUUGCGGAUUGGCAGCAAUACGUUUUCACCGCCCUUUCCAACAUUGAACGCCACGUGGCUUCAACAGAGGGCAGAAUAACUGCGUUGGAUGGCCGAAUAGUCGCGCUAGAGAAUGCUGUUCUCGGGCGACGGACAACUACAGCUGCAUCGACGUCCUCCUGCAAAACGGGCUCGCUAUCAUUAUUACUUUCAAUAAUAUUUCUUUUUUACAGGAAGAAACAAUUUCCAACGGAGGCAUCGGGCUCGAGCUUCGCAAGACUGGAAUUCCGUCGUCUUGGUCAAGAAACCGGGCUCGUGAGUUUGCCUGGAAGCCUUAAACUACUCGAGCAGCCAUCUCCGCGGACUCGGGCUCUUGUGCCCUAUACUGUUUUCGAUUUCUCCGUGGUCACUAAUGGUAGCAUCAUUUGA